AUGGCUAGCAUGGUUUUUUACAACAACGGAAGCAGUGGGCAACUUGGACAAUUCAGUGAUGCCUUGACAUAUGCACAUCUUCUGCAGAAUGAAAAGUUCAACAAUGGUAACAACAAUGAGGCAGCUGGACCGCCAACUGGCCGCAGACGAAGAGACAGGACUCAUUUCUCUGAGAGAGCCAUAGAGAGGCUAGAAGCAUCAUUUACGCAUGACCAGUACCCAGAUAUCAAUACACGGGAACUACUUGCUGAGGAAUUAGGCAUCAGUGAAGCCAGAGUACAGGUUUGGUUUCAAAACAAGAGGUCUCGAUUACGACGAGGCAAAGCAAAGUUGAAGACUGUGCAACCUAAACCUGCUGGCACACCCAAAACACAAAAGAAUCAUCUCCAUAGCAACAACAGUCCGCCUAACAACCAACACACACCGAACCGUGCUAGUUUCCAGUUCAACAAAAAUCCCAUACUAAAUAUGACUGGAGCUACUCAAAUGCACACAAUAUCACCCAGCAACAACAGUUUCCAUAGCAACCAAAGUUCACCUAGCAAUGAGGGAUCUCCAGUUCAAACAGUGGUAAAGUCAGCAGAUUACAUGCUGGAUACAACAUCUCAGGACAGUUUCUCGAGUAACCAUAGUGAUAGCAGCUUUACAGAGAACAACAAUGUCAGUGUUUCAACAUCUAAACUCCCACCUCCUUUGGAUCUCAGUAAAGGAAGCCACCAGUUUGCUCAACCCAAUCCAAACCCAACACGCUACAGAACUCCCUCCCAGUCAAAUGACUCUGUGAAACCCACACAUUCAGUUCUCCAGUCUGGUAUGUGUAGUCCAUUUACCCUUGCCAGUCCCUUUUUCCCAUACUCCUUCCCCUAUGGUUAUACCCCUAUGAUGGAACAGCGACAAGGGGGGUACUAUUUCAGUCCUAUGCUAGGAUCAGAGUAUCCUAAAACAAGCAUGUCUCCAACCACAAUGCAAUCCAUACUUAGCCCCCUCAUUGCCUCUCCUAUGGGUCCACGGGCAUUCCUCUUUCCCUCUGGUGCUCACAAUGUCCCAUCUAUGAACUUUACAAACAGUGGGGUACCCCAGCCACAACAUGGGGUGCCUACAGGUUUUGCACCAUUUCAAAAUUAUGGGGAAUCCUUAAAUACACCUAAAUUGGUGAUGGAUCUAGGUAUCCCUAGUCCAAAGCCCUCUCCAACUUCAACUACCCAAGGGGAUUCCCCCAGCAACAAAGAGAAUGGGAAUAUACAUAGUUAUAAACAAAAGGAGAAAGACAUUAAUGUAUGGGACUAA